CGCACUGAAUAUGAUUAUGGGGAUGAUGAUGAUGAACAUUACCCAGACAGAAUCACCCGUAGGCCGCGCUUCUCUCCUCGGAUGUUUUAUAAUUUUUGAAUUCUAUGGUCUGUUAUACUCAACUGAUUAUCUCGACAGGUGGUUGGCUAAUGAUAUCUACGACUGGCACCACAUUUACACAAACGAUGGUGAUGUCAAACUUGGGGAGGAAUAUUCUAUAUACCACUGCGAAGUGAGUAUUUAA